AUGCCUUUCGAACAACUACCAACCGAUUUGCUGCUAGACAUUUGCGUUAUGUUAACAGUGAGCGAGAUCCUCAUAUUGCGGCAGGUUUGUUCUCGUUUAUAUGCCAUGACUCAGGAGCAGGUCAUAUGGCUCCGCUUGCUCAAUAACGACCCUGCCAGAUACCAUGGACUACAUUCUCCAAAGCUCGAGGCUCUUGCAUGGCGGGCCCAGAAGCUACAAGAAAAAUGGCUGGCUGGUGACCUCUCUCCAGCAAAGGUUUCCCGAUUAUACCUCCCUCAGUCAAUCACAUGGCUUCGCCUGGUUGCAGGGCGCUGGCUCUUCUGCACCUUCUCUGACAACUCUACCAGUGGGAUUGGCUGCUGGGACAUCACUUCGACUUUUGAUAGCCACACUGGACCGAUUGCAAUUGGUUACCUUCCCGGCCGAGUUCAAACUGUUCAACUGGAGGUUCAACCCUCUAGAAUAGCGAUUGCUCUUGGCUUAGGACCAGAGAUAUCUGCGAUUCACAUUGUGACUCUCGAGCGUUGCUCAUCCUCUGGCAGCUAUCUAUUCACCGAACUUGCCUGCAUAAAAGAUGUCUCACAUGUCUUGCUGUUGUCAGGAAAUAUUGUUGGUUGUGCAGUACGCCAUGGAGACAAUGUUCCACACCUUCUGGACUGGACCACCCAAGAACUUAUUGGAAUCUCACAACUGCCCGGUAGUUUGGAUGCUAUGGACCGACAGAGUGUGCCGCAUGGUAUGUUUUUACUCGAUGACAUUCUGGUUGUCGCUCGACUGGGCGGCCUUGAAGUGUAUUCUGUGCAAGAUUCCAUUGGCUUUCUGAAAACUAUCCAAACACCAGUCAUUUGGGAGGUCUCCGCCUGCAAGCCUACAUCUUCUUUGCUUCGUCUUAUGAUCAUUUCUCCUCGUGGAAUUGAGGCUAUCGACGUCAAUGCGGAAAUGCUGUUAGAACCAGGCAUUAAGUCUCUUUCCACUGAAUGUCUUGCGCCUAUGCCAUUGUGCGAAAGGCGGACGCGUUUGUCUACUCCGUGGUACGGUCUAUGUGCCGGAAGCACCGGAACCCGACCACUGUGGAUUUCGGUCGCAUCUCCCCCCGUCGGCAAAAGUCACCGCUCGCGUCCUUUGUUUGUAAACGUCAACACAGAUGACUUGCGCUUAAUUGAAUGGACGCCUGGCACGGCGUCUGAUGUGGCACUGUGGGCAGUCCCUGUGGUCGACUUCGAUGAAACUUUGGGAAUAACGGUGUUUGGGAACUGUUUUGGUGAAUUGGCCAUUUACGAUCACUGUGGCCGGGGUCUUCUUCAAUGCACUGACACGGAGCUUUACGCUCCAACGACGACAGCACUCUCACGCGUUCUGCCGCAGUCUACUAUCGAAUUAAGCCUACCGUUUGGACCUCAAGACGAUAUGCCACCAGAGGUUAUUGAAGCCGCUGUAGCACAAUGGUCGAAGGCCAACAUUGCCAUAUCUGGACCUAGAUGGCGCUCCAAGCCGGAUAUGGAAGGUUAUCUACGAAGGGCUGAUUGGCAAGGCUUUCCUUGUGACUGGGCUUGGACACUUACACACGUUUAUGGUUUCCCCGGUAAAGUUCUCCCCCAGGCAUAUAAAUGCGAAGGAGAGGAAGGGGAAGAUCGCCUCCUCUUCCAAGUCGGCAACCGAAUUAUGAUGGACAACUUUUUUUUGACGCACUGA